AUGCUGAAUGCCUAUUGGGCAGAUUUCCAAGGCAACCAUCUCGCAUUGAUCGAGGCAGGUGCGAACGCAGCAGAUGGCUACAACGGCGACGCAAUCUACGCAGAAAUCGAGAACCUCUACAUUGAGUCGCAAUCAAAACUCUACAACCUUCGCGACCAGCUGACUGCAACUUCGUCUAGAACCCCAGUCGCCCCAGGAGAGAUAACACUAUGCUCCCAGCACUCAAGGUCAAAUAAUAGCCGUUUAGCACCGAUGAACAUACCUACGUUUUCCGGACGCAGAGAAGACUGGGAAGCAUUCCGCGACGCAUUUUUCGCCAUUGUCCACGAAGACGACCAACUUAGCGACGUUCAGCGAGUAUUUUACUUACGCAAUCAUGUUGAAGGAGAGGCCAAACAAGCCGUAUACAGUUUCCCAGUCACUGGAACGAACUACGCUGCAGCCUGGGAAUUGCUGACUACUCGAUACGAGCACCCAAGGCUAUUGGUGUAUGAUCAUCUCAACUCCAUACAAGACCUGCGUAAGCUCACCAAUGAAAACCCCAGUGAUCUUCAGCAUCUAUAUUCAGAAACACGUGGCAAGUGGCAAGAGGAACUGGAAAGAUUAGAUACAGCUACCGUUGAUCAUAGAACAAGAAUGCCGACCUACACCAUACUGAUCAACUUUCUGAACAGUCGAUGUCGAACGCUCAAAUCGAUGGAAGGUCCAAAAUCCACUCCAAAACCUACGGCGAGACACCCACCAGGUCCUUCAUUCGAGCCAAGAAAAGUCGCAUACCCAGUUAAGUACCCUAACGCUCGAACGUUUGUCACUAAAGGCUCAGGAAGCUGUGGAUAUUGCCAGAGUGAUCAUUACACCGGGCACUGCGAGGGAUUUCUUGCGCUGCAACCUUCAGCACGCCGUGACCUUGUGGCAAAAGCAGGAUUGUGUUUCAAUUGCCUUCGAUCAAAUCACACUGCUCGAUUCUGUCCGUCUCGACUGACUUGCUCUGGGUGCGGAGCACUGCACCACACUUCUCUACAUGAAGAACAGAAACGAGCAGGGCCACCUGUAUCUGCGCCUAUUCCGAUCAAGCGAAGCAAAGAGAGUGGAAAUUCAACCAAGGAUCUGAAGUCAACGACUCCUCCAUCCACCAAUAUGUGA